AUGCUGUCAUCAAAUAACUUUAUCAGAGCCGCAAAGGCUGUUGCUCCCGCCGUCAGAACUCAUGUUCCUUCUCGCACCUACGCUCAAGCUGGUACCAACUGGGCCGCUCAAAAGGUUGCCAUGUCCAACCUCGAGACUGACAAGUUCAUCAACUACCAAAGAAUUGAGGAUAACCUCGCUAUUGUUCGCAAGAGAUUGAACCGUCCUUUGACUCUCUCUGAGAAGGUCGUCUAUGGUCACUUGGAUGAUCCCGAGAACCAAGACAUUGCUCGUGGUCAAUCUUACCUCAAGCUCCGUCCUGAUCGUGUUGCUUGUCAAGAUGCCACUGCUCAAAUGGCUCUUUUGCAAUUCAUGUCUGCCGGUCUCCCCACCGUCGCUGUCCCUUCCACUGUCCACUGUGAUCACUUGAUUGAAGCUCAAGUUGGUGGUGCUAAGGAUUUGGCCCGUGCUAUUGACAUCAACAAGGAAGUCUACGAUUUCUUGGCUACUGCUACCGCUAAGUUUGGUCUUGGUUUCUGGAAGCCUGGAUCUGGUAUUAUCCAUCAAAUCAUCUUGGAAAACUAUGCUUUCCCUGGUGGUCUUAUGAUCGGUACUGAUUCUCACACUCCUAAUGCUGGUGGUCUCGGUAUGGUUGCUAUCGGUGUUGGUGGUGCUGAUGCCGUUGAUGUCAUGGCUGAUAUUCCUUGGGAACUCAAGUGUCCUAAGGCUAUCGGUGUCAAGCUCACUGGUAAACUCAACCCUUGGGCUUCUCCUAAGGAUAUUAUCCUCAAGGUCGCUGGUAUCUUGACCGUCAAGGGUGGUACUGGUUCCAUCGUCGAAUAUCUCGGUGAGGGUGUCAACACCUUCUCUUGUACUGGUAUGGCUACCAUCUGUAACAUGGGUGCUGAAAUUGGUGCUACUACCUCCAUGUUCCCUUACAACGAACGUAUGGGUGACUACCUUCGCGCUACCAACCGUAGUGCUAUUGCCGACUAUGCUAAGCAAUUCUCUCACAACCUCAGAGCUGAUGAAGGUGCUGAAUACGAUGAAAUGAUCGAAAUCGACCUCGAUAACCUCGAACCCCAUAUCAACGGUCCUUUCACUCCUGAUCUUGCCACUCCCCUCUCCAAGUUCAAGGAAACUGCCAUCAAGAACGACUGGCCUCAAGAGCUCAAGGUCGGUUUGAUCGGUUCUUGUACCAACUCUUCUUAUGAAGACAUGGCCCGUUCCGCCUCUCUCGUCCAACAAGCCACUGAUCACGGUGUCAAGGUCAAGGCCAAGUAUACCAUCACCCCUGGUUCUGAACAAAUUCGUGCUACUAUCGAGCGCGACGGUAUCAUGGAUACUCUCACCAACGCUGGUGGUGUUGUUCUCGCUAACGCCUGUGGUCCUUGUAUUGGUCAAUGGGAUCGUCAAGACAUCAAGAAGGGUGACAAGAACUCUAUCAUUACCUCUUAUAACCGUAACUUCACUGGUCGUAACGACGCCAACCCUCAAACUCACGCUUUCGUUGCCUCUCCUGAGAUUGUCACUGCCUUGACCAUUGCUGGUGAUAUGCACUUCAACCCCAUGACUGAUUCUCUCAUCGGUGCUGAUGGUAAGCCCUACAAGCUCGAAGCCCCCAAGGGUUACGAACUCCCUCCCAACGGUUACGAUGCUGGUGAGAACACUUACCAAGAACCUCCCACUGACCGCUCCAGCGUCAGUGUUGCCGUCGACCCCAAGUCUAACCGUCUUCAACUUUUGGAACCCUUCAAGAAGUGGGAUGGUAAGGAUAUCGAGAACGUACCAAUCCUUAUCAAGGCUAAGGGUAAGUGUACCACUGAUCACAUCUCUAUGGCCGGUCCUUGGUUGAAGUACCGUGGUCACUUGGACAACAUCUCCAACAACUUCUUGAUUGGUGCUACCUCCAGCGAAGACAAGGUCAACAGUGUCAAGAAUCAAUUCACUGGUGAAUAUAAGGGCGUUCCAGAUACCGCUCGUGAUUACAAGGCCAAGGGUGUCCAAUGGGUCGUCUUUGGUGAUGAGAACUACGGUGAAGGUUCUUCUCGUGAACACGCUGCCUUGGAACCUCGUUUCCUCAACGGUGCUGCCGUCAUUGUCAAGUCCUUUGCUCGUAUUCACGAAACCAACUUGAAGAAGCAAGGUAUGCUUCCUUUGACUUUUGCCGACCCUGCCGACUAUGACAAGGUUGAUGCUGAUGAUAAGGUCUCCAUCCUCGGUUUGAGCGAUUUCCAACCCGGUAAGCCUUUGACUGUUCGUCUCACCAAGAAGGAUGGUCAAACCACUGAUAUCGUUGCCAACCACACUUUCAACGAAGGCCAAAUCGCUUGGUUCAAGGCUGGUUCUGCUCUCAACUUGAUGAAGGAAAACGCUGCUAAAUAA